AUGGCCUACCCCCUCGGUUUCCCGUCUGACAAGCCCCUCGCUACCGUCACUCACCCAACUCCCAUAAUAUGGGUACUGGAGAUGCACAACGGCGAGGACAGCCGCUUGGAUGAGCACUUUGUGAGCAAGGCAUUGAUGCCUGCCCUCGACGCCAUAGAGCGUCACUGGCGUGAGGGUUGGCGAACUGCACAAGCCCAGAACGAUAAAGAAGGCGGCAGAGGCGCACUUAUUCUUGUGGGCAACAGGGGCCAGAACAAGUUCUUCAGUAAUGGGCUCGAUUAUGACAAUGUGAUCAGAGACCCGAAUUUCCAGUUUAAUUUCUUUUCGCGUACGUACACAGUCGGUUCGGCUACCGACACGCUAGUACUAAGAGAUACCGCUACAGACGUCAUGAACCCGUUCUAUCGGAGGGUGCUGACCUUUCCCAUUCCUACUGUCGCUGCCAUCAAUGGGUACUGCUAUGCAGCGGCCAUGACACUCUCCCUAUGCUGUGACUACCGUGUCAUGACAGAUGGUAGUAACCGGAGGACGUGUAUCUGCAUGAACGAAAUUCAUUUCGGUGCCGGAUGGCCUUACUCUAUUGCGGCUAUCACUCGCACUAAAGUGCCAGACGCUCGGGUUCAGCGCAAGAUCGCUCUCGAGGGACACCGCUUUACACCACAGGAAGCUUUGGACGCCGGAAUUGUGGACUUCCUCGUCCCAGGCGACACGGAGGCCGUCAUCACUAAGGCACAGCAAGUUGGCGAGUCGAUGAGCAACAUGACCAAAGCUGGUGCAUGGGGCGUGAUCAAGCGCGACUUAUAUCGCGACUUACUGGAAGAAACUGCGCGGGACGUCAUUACCACCACCCCGAAAGCCGAAGAUGCCCUUGCAAAGGCCAGACUAUGA